AUGAAAAGGAGUAUUAAAUAGUAACAUCAGUUCUAAUUAAAAUAACUGUACUGUAAAUAGAAACUUAACAUCCAAACGGAAGUUGAUGACACUCGAAACUCGAAGUUAGUAAGGAAAUAGUGUUAUGUCUAGAUUUCUUUAAAUUAUUCGCCAUUAAACAAGGUAGAACAUAGUGUAUUCUCAAACAGGUGGAAAAUCAACAAAGGAUUAUUGAGCAACAAAGCGAACAGAUUGAUGACUCAAUAAUAAUCGGAUUCAGAGACAGAAUUCCCAAAUCAACCGAAAAUAAUUUAACUAUCACAAAGAAGCUAGGUUUAAAAUAAAAGAUCAAUUUCCAACAAAAGAAAUAACAGCAUUGGAGAUUACAAUUAAUCUCCUAAAAAUUAAAAUAGAUCCUCUUUGUUUACGAGUCAAAAAUAAAGAUCGUAUUCCAUUCAACAAUAAUAACAACAAUAAAGAUAACAAUAAUAAUCUCUAUUUUAGUCUGUUGGUAUCAAAUAAAAUCAAGCAAAUGAUCCUAAGACAUUUAUUUAGCAAUUUGAAUUAACUAUUGAGGAAUGGGAUAAAUUUGGAAAUAGAUUCCCUUUUGGAUUUCAAAGGGAGAAACUAUUGGGAAGAGGAGGUUUUUCAUUGAUUUGGUUAGCUAAGGAAUAAAAAGGAGGUGCAUUAUGUGCAGUAAAACAGAUCCCAAGAAAGUCUAAACAUGAAACUCAUUUUAAAGAAUUAGCAUUUAUCACUUAGUUUUUUAAUAAAGGAGGUUAAAUAAAGAGUUAAUAUUAGUAAAAUGAAGGAAUUAAAAAUCUAUGCAAAAUGUUAGAUUAUGUGAUUGAUCCGCACGACGUUUUCAUAAUGUAUGAAGUUUGUGGAUAUUCAUUGGGCACUUAAUUGUAUGACUUUGAAUCCCUCAAUAAUAGUUAUAAGGUAUAAUAAGAAUACAUGGUAGUUAAUUCCAUAGAAAUUAAGUUUGCUCUUUAAGUAGUUUCCUGUCUUUUUAUUAAAAUUUAUAAAAAGAAUCACCUCAACUAUAGAUUUGCUAGUCAAGACAGGAUGGGUCCAUAGUGAUAUUAAAAGUGAGAACAUUCUCAUCUCCUAUGGAUAACAAGAUGUCGAAUACAAAAUUAUAGACUAUGGUUCCUCCUUCAAAUUUGUAGAAGUCUUUGAAAAAUUCUCAAUGGCAACUCCUGAAUACAUGUCCCCAGAGAUGUUGACAUUCAUACUUCGAGAGAAUCAGAUGUCCUAUGAUAAUCAAUUGAUUGAAUCCCUAGUCAAUUACGAUAAAUCAUGGGUCAUAGAUAUUUGGGGGUUAGGAUGUGUUGUCUUGGAAAUCAUAUCAGGAUUGCCAUUGUGGAUGAGUUAUGACACAUAAGUAAUUAAUUAUAAAGGUCAGAAAGUCAUGGCUCAAGGUCUGUUUGCAGUUACAGGAAGGAGUUUUAGUAAAAUAGUCGAAAAAUAAAUUAAAAUACUAACUAAUCUAGAAUUUGUAUUGCGAGAAUAGAAUUAUUCUGGUAUCCAAGUUUCACCUUUAUUAACUUAAUUAUUAAAAGGAAUGUUAGCCAUCAAUCCAAAAUAAAGAUAUUCACCUCAAUAAAUAUUGAAUUUACUUUAAGAUAUUUGA